GAAGCGUCUCAGGAGCUGGAGGCGGACGUGGAGGAGGACGCAGGGCACAUGCAGGCAGAUCCAGAGGAGGAGCCGGAGCCAGAGCCAGAGCCCAGGCUCCGAGACACCCCAGAGGACAUCUCCUUUGAAGCUGCUGCCAACACCAUUGCCUUCCACCCCAGCCAGGACAUCCUGGCCGCUGGCGAUGUGGAGGGGGACGUCUACGUGUAUUCGCUCUCCUUCCUGGAGGGGGGGAACCGGGAGCUCUGGUCCUCAGGACACCACCUGAAAUCCUGCCGGGAGGUGGCCUUUUCCCACGACGGACACAAGCUCUUCACCGUGUCCAAGGACAAAGCCAUCCACGUCCUGAGCGUGGAGCAGGGCCGGCUGGUGACGCGCUUCUCCAAGGCCCACAGCGUGGCCCUGAACAGCCUGCUGGUGCUGGACGAGCAGCUGCUCGCCACGGGGGACGAGGGCGGCACGCUGAGGCUGUGGGACCUGCGCCGGGGUGCCGCCGUCAUGGACCUGCGCCAGCACGAGGAGUACAUCGGCGCCAUGGCCGUGGACCAGCACAAGAGACUCCUGCUCACUGCCAGCGGCGAUGGCACCAUGGGCGUCUUCAACAUCAGGAGGCGGCGCUUUGAGCUGGUCUCGGAGCCCCAGAGCGGGGACCUGACGUCCAUCGCGCUCAUGAAGCGGGGGAAGAAAGUGGCCUGUGGCUCUAGCGAGGGGACCAUUUAUCUCUUCAACUGGGCCGGCUUUGGGGCCACUAGCGACCGCUUCGCCAUAAAGGCCGAGUCCAUCGACUGCAUGGUCCCCGUCACCGACAACGUCCUGUGCACCGGGUCCACGGACGGCGUCACCAGGGCGGUGAACAUCCUGCCGAACCGGGUGAUUGGCAGCGUUGGGCAGCACGUGGGGGGGCCCGUCGAGGAAUCCCAUGCGUACAGCCUGGGCUAA